AUGGACCUCCAUCCCGCCUCCUCCUCCGCCGCCCACCACCGCCUCUGCGCCGACUCCUCCUCCCCCGCCUCCUCCUCCUCCUCCCCCCCGCCGCCUUCCUCCACCGCCGCCUUCCCUCCUUUCUGCACCGACUUCGCUCACGAGCUCUGCGUCCCCAGCGACUACGCGGCGGAGCUGGAGUGGCUCUCGCGGUUCGUCGACGACUCGUUCGCCGACGUCCCCGCUAGCGAGUUCCCCGGGGCCCCGACCUCCCUCCUCCCGGACGCCGCGUUCUCCGACGGCAGGCCGCGGAGCAAGCGCUCGAGGUCGCCCGGGGCCCCCGCGGCGGCUCCGGGCCGGAUCCGCUCGCCCACGGGCGAGGGCGCGGGGCCCGGGGAGGCUGGGGAAGGAGGAGGAGGGGGAGGGGGAGCCGGGAGGCGGUGCGCGCACUGCGCGUCGGAGAAGACGCCGCAGUGGCGGACGGGGCCGCUGGGGCCGAAGACGCUGUGCAACGCGUGCGGGGUGCGGUACAAGUCCGGGCGGCUUGUGCCGGAGUACAGGCCGGCGGCGAGCCCGACGUUCGUGCUGACCCAGCACUCGAACUCGCACCGGAAGGUGAUGGAGCUGCGGCGGCAGAAGGAGGCGCGGCAGGCGGCGCAGCCGCAGCAGCACCACCCCCAGGGCGGCGGCGGCGGAGGGGGGCAAGCCCAUCGUCACCCGCGGGACUUCGAGGCCUGCUGACGUGGCGGGCGCGGUUAGUUACGGGAUGACGUGGAUUCGAACGGCGCGCGCUUCCACGCCGUUCCCCAUGUGAAGGAUUUGGGGAGCGAGCGAUUUCUGCUCUCUCGCUGCAUUAUCAUGUGCUCGUCCUUUUUUAUUUUUCCUUUUUUUUCUAUAUUUUAUUUUUCUUUCUA